AAGAAAUCCAAAUAAACUCAUUUCUGUAAAUUAGGAAACUUCUGAGAAAGUGACGAAAGCGAAGAAGGUUUCGGAAGUAAAUAUGUCUUCCUUGGGGAGCAGCAAAUCCCUGAGGGAUGAGAUGGAGGUAACAACCGCCGAUGUUUUUCCGGAGGUUAACGCCGCCGCUGUGACGGAAAAUCUUGAUCGGAACGAGCUUGUGCUUGCUGACGGAGUCGUGUCGGCUGAGGAAAGGAAUAUUGAGCCAGACAAUCGUGGAGAGAGGAAGAUAGAGAGCGAGUCGCCUCCAGAGGAUGAUGUUUGCCCGAUCUGUUUCGGCUCCUUUACGGUUCCGUGUCGUGGAAAUUGUGGUCAUUGGUAUUGCGGAAAUUGCAUCUUGCAGUACUGGAACUAUGCUGCAAUAUCUAGGCCUUGCAAGUGUCCCAUGUGUGUUAGGCACAUCACGAAGCUGUCACCAGAACCAUCUUUGCAAGAGCGUCAGGAGCAAGAGGUGAAGGAGGUUCUUGAUAAAGUCCGUAGGUAUAACCGUCUCUUUGUUGGAGGUCUAACUGGCUUUGUUCAGAAGGUGCAUGAGCUUCCGUUUCUAGUGAAGAGAAUGGUGUGGCAUAUGAUGGAUACAGAUGUGAACAAUCUGUAUUUUCACGAAGUGCGCAUCUUUGCAGUUAAGAACAUCUUACCCUGAAAUUUACAUUUCAUAGUUUAGUGUUUAGUUAUAUCUCUACCCACUUAUUCUUGUUGUCAUUUGUUGUCUGUACUAAUGGCCAAGCAAGACAAUCUUUGUAAUCAUCAUAGGAGCAACUAGUUUGUAUUUAUUCUUGUUUUUAAAGGCCAUUGAAAGAUGAGAAACUAAGUUUCUGUCGGUGUUUGCAGAUGUUCAUGAGUACCCUUUACACUGCCGCAGAGUUUAACUUCAUUCCAACGGGCGGGUUCAGAAUAGUGACAGUUUUUGACUACGCUGCGAUUGCUAUGAUCCUGAUUCUACGCUUAGUAGGGAUAUAUCGGAGGAGACGCCUAGCUCAGCAGGUUAGACAUCUAGCAGCUGCAGCAAUUGAGCCGGAAUUAGAGCAAAGGGAAUUGUAACAGACACGUGAAUCUAUUAAGUCUUGUGCAGUUUGAUCCUUGUGGAUAAGUUUGGUAGUAGAUCAUAGAAACCUCGAGAGUCGUGUGCAGUUUUACAGACAAUGAUAUUGCAGACUUUAAAAGUAUAUACAUAUCUCCUUUUCUAACAGUGGAAAUAAAAUAUUGAUUGGAAAAG